AUGCCUGGCUCAUCGCUUUUUCCCGGGUAUCAUCUGGUCGAAGCGUUCGGACCAGACGAAGACUAUGAGCAGUGCGACAGCGAAGUUGAAGAGGAAGUGGUCUAUGUAACGCUCGAUCUCGGGACUGUGGAGCCAGCUCUGGUACCAAGCACCUCGUCCUACCGUCUUAUCGGCUUGGAUACGCCCACUCCGUAUUUGCAACUAUCUGGUACCACAUUUCGAGGACAGCACGAGUCCUUGUUAGGUACCGAGUUGUUAUUCACCGAGGGAAAAGAUGAUAAUGGCGACCGUAGCAGGAAAUCCCUCGUGCACUUCGGCUCGACAGAGCACCGUAUCCGCUUCAAGGAGGUGGAGCUGCAGGAGAAAAAUACUGGCAUAAUAUCCAAAGAUUGGGAAAUCAGUUCCACAGUGAGGAAGAGAAAUCCCAAGACCAUGAACCACUUGUUGGGCACCGUAGACAAUGACGCCUCGAGCUCUAAGGAUAAAAAUCAGAGUGGGUCUAGCAAAGCGAAGUCUAAGGCAAAAGGGAAAGGGAAAGGGAAGGGGAAAGAGAAGGCAGUUGGUCUACCCGAAGAUUCUGCCACCCAGUUGCCUGGCGAUACCCAGGCUCGCACAAAGUCUGGCAGAUCGCAGUCGAAGAAGAAGGACAAGGGAAAGGGACGAGCAGUGGAGCCACCUAUACCGUCCUCUGCCAAUGUACCUAGUGAUGCUCCAGCUGACGGCGGUCCCCAACCAAUGGAUGUCGAUGACGGCUAA